GCUUGAAGGCUGUCAUCUGGACGGAUGUCUUUCAGACGGUCGUAAUGUUCGCCGGUCAGCUUGCUGUCAUCAUUGUGGGAGUACAGCGGACCGGGGGGGUGUCCGAGGUGUGGAGGAAAGUGAAGGAGGGAAACCGAAUAUCUGGACUGGACUUAAACCCGGAUCCUACAGAGAGACACACCUUCUGGACUCUGGGGGUGGGAGGGGUCUUCCUCAUGCUGUCCCUGUAUGGAGUGAACCAGGCUCAGGUCCAAAGAUAUCUCAGCGCACGCUCAGAGAGAGAAGCUGUGAGGUCGUGCUACAUGGUGUUUCCUUCCCUUCAGCUGGCUCUGGCUCUCAGCUGUGUCAUGGGUCUGGUCAUGUUUGCUCGUUACUGUGGAGAGGACUUUUCUGAGAAGCUGGGAAGCUCUUCUCGAGACGCAAUGGUGAUAUACUUUGUGAUGGACAUGCUGCAAGGCCUGCCUGGACUGCCGGGACUGUUUAUCGCCUGUUUGUUCAGUGCGGCUCUAAGCACCAUCUCCUCUGCCUUCAACUCUCUGGCUACCGUGACGAUGGAGGAUCUCAUCAAACCACAUUUUCCAUCCAUGUCCGAAGCGAGAGCGACGCUGGUGUCCAAAGCUUUGGCGCUGUCCUACGGGCUGCUCUGUCUGGCCAUGGCUUACCUCACUCACCUGAUGGGGGACUCGGUGUUACUGGUAGCUUUAAAGAUCUUUGGGAUGGUCGGUGGACCAAUCCUCGGCCUGUUUUGUCUCGGCAUGUUCUUCCCAUGUGCCAACUCCAUUGGUGCAGUGGCUGGUCUUGGUGCAGGUCUGGGCUUCGCUUUCUGGGUCGGCAUCGGAAGCAUCGUCACUCACAGCUCUGGAGCAAAACGCCUGCCGCCCAGCUGUCACGUCAACGCAACAACCGCCAUUCAGACAGCUCUCACCAACGUAACAAGCCGACCCACAGGCCUGCAGAGGUUUUACUCUUUGUCCUACAUGUGGUACAGCGCGUUCAACUGCCUAACCGUCAUUCUUAUCGGGCUGAUCAUCAGCUUCCUCACUGGCCCAAUGAAAGAAGAGGAGGCAACACCUGGAACUCUCUAUCCCUUAUUAGGAAAACUGCUUUGUUUUCUGCCUGAACAUCUGAAAAAGAAGCUCUGCUGUGUGACUCCUCUGAUACAGUCUGUAAGUAAAGUAAACGGCCACACUUUGGUUUCAAAACAAAGUGUCGUCAAUUUGACAUUACCAAGUCAACCAGUAAAGUACAACGCUUCCACUAAAAUCCAGUGUACAACAUUGGAAGACCUGAAUGCUGAGCCAAACUGGAAUCUGAAAAGAGACGGUAAAGAGUUUCUUAUAACUAAUGGAAGAAUCUCAACGUUGACGAAAGAAGCAAAGCACAGCUCCAUUGAAUUAAAAACAACAGAUGAACUCUGGGAAGGAGUGUACAUAUGUCUCUUUGAACAACAUAUAAACAAAACAAUAAUAAAAAACAAAGCCAGUGCGCCAUUGGAUGUAUGCCUCCUACCCAAGAUUGAAAUUUCUGCAGAGCCAAGAUUUCCCCGUUGCACAACUACUGAGGACAUCUUUUAUGUCAAUGUGAAAUGUAAGAUAAAGAAAACCACUGAAAAUUACACUGUGGAAUGGACUGAAGGUGUCUCUCCAAACGGCCACACUGAUGGAGAAACACUGACUUAUCAAGCUCAGAAAGUAGUGAACUGUAAAGAAAACUCAAAUGGUUCGGGUUCUCCAGCAGUAUCAUGCACUAUGAAAAAUAUAUGUAAACAAAAUCAAACCAGAGAUAUGAAGAUCGAAGUGAUUUAUGUGAACGAUCCGUUCUGUGCACCGGAAGGUGACUGGAGCGAGACCAAAGCCGAUUUCACAGCAGAACUAAAAUGCAGUGAAAAGGCUGGAAAAAGAAAGCGAAAAUGUUCAUUAAACAAUGGUGUUGCAACUUGGGAUGAGGAGGUUUCAGAAUGUAUUGAAAAGGACCUCAACAAUGUGCUGGAAAAAGCCAGAAUUAGUGACAUUGGACUUGGUGAAUUGAAAGAUAAUGCUGCAGAAGUACUUCAUGAGUUUGAGACUAUCACUACGACAUCAAAAUUACCUGGUUAUGCCAACUUGGAAGCAUCGGUGGAUGUAAUUUCUACCAUUGAAGAUAAGUUACAAGGGCAAAACCAGAUGAAUAGAACAUCAAUUGAAAAUUUUAUAAUCUCAUCCAGUCAUCUGCUGAAUAAGAGUCUUGAAAGCUCAUGGAAUGCAACUCCUCCUGAGAACAAGUCAUCAACAGUUGCUGAGACCUACAUGAUUGCAGUUGAGAAAUUCAUUAAGAGAUCAAACAUAACAAAUAUACCAAAGGAAAAUCUGAUAGUGGAUGUUUGUAACAAGAGUGCGGAAACCUGUUCAGUGUCUAGUUUCGAUGUCACGAUUUCUAUUUCAAAUGCUGGUGAAGUUAAAACAGCUACAUUUAGAAACCUGCAGAACUAUUUGCCCUAUAACAAAAACGAAUCUGAGCCUAACAGUAUUGUGGUUUCCGCAACUGCAGAAAACAAAAGCAUCGAUCAUAUUACCAUUGAAUUUAAACUGAUCAACCCAAGACCUCGCAACGUUGAGUUAAAGUGUGUGUUUUGGGACACUAAUCUUAAACGGUGGUCAACGGAUGGAUGUGAAUGGCUGGGGCCAUUCAAGGAGAGCAGCUGCGUCUGUAAACAUCUUUCCUCAUUUUCUAUUCUAAUGUCCAAGAAGCCCCUGGACGUCCCUGGCUUAACCUAUGUAACCUAUGCAGCUUUGUCAGUGUCAGUGUUGUCCCUCAUCAUCAACCUCGCGAUAGAGUUCAUUGUCUGGAGCGACGUCGUCAAGACAAGCACUUCAUAUUUACGCCACACUGCCCAUGUGAACAUUUCUCUGUGUUUGCUCAUUGCUGACCUUUGCUUUUUGGCAUCUUCUCAGCCAAAAGGGAUUUCAGACCUCUGGUGUCGGACCUCCGUGGUCCUGAAGCAUUUUUGCUUUCUGGCCAUGUUCUUUUGGAUGUUUUGUCUGAGCGCCACACUCCUUCAUCGAGCAGUCUUUUUGUUCCACAAGGUGAGCAAGAAAAACUACCUCAGGUUCUCGUUACUGAUCGGCUAUGUUUGCCCCUUGCUUAUUGUCUUUAUCACGUUUCUCACCAACAAUGGUGGAGCGGAGGGCAUGUACUACUCAAAAGACUCCUGCUGGCUGGUUUAUGCCGGACUUUUUAAGGGAAGCAUUUUCACAUUCAUCAUUCCAGUCGGAGUGAUUGUUUUCAUCAACAUUUUCUCGAUGCUUGUGGUUAUCAUGAAGCUCAUAAGUCACCACGCAGAAAUCAGCAAAAAAACGGAUAUUUCAGCAGAGGAGGAGAAAGCGGCUGCCAAAACGGUGCUUAGAACCGUUGUCCUCCUGACCCCGAUCUUUGGCGUGACAUGGAUCUUUGGAUUUGCCAUGCUGGCUCUUGAUCUCACAAGCGGAGACAUAGCUUACGCAGUCAACUACAUCUUUAACCUGCUAAAUGGCUUCCAGGGUUUUUUCAUUUUGUUGACCACCUGCUUGGGAGACAAGAUGACCCGUGAAGCUCUACAGAGGUACCUAAAGAAACCCCAGUCUCCAGAAUCCAGUGUCAGUGAGAGCUCCACUAAGCUGGAAUCAACAGUGAAGAAAUAAACCAAGCCCAUCAUGUACCUUUACUCUUCUCUAUGAUUGAUCAUUAUUAUUUGUACAUAAGUAUUUAUACAUGUAUUCUGUAUAUUCUUUAUUGAUUAGCUUUGAUUAGACAAAUGUCAAGCCUGCUCAAAGUAACAUUGCAACACUAUCAUAUAAGAAGUGAAAAAUCACUGCACAUUGCACCUUGCAGAAAUUAUGUUAAAAACUGUUUUUGUUAAAGCAUACUGCAAACUAAGUCUCCUGGAUGGUUUUAGAAACAAAACCAUCUUCUCCAUGUUCUUUGCUUUGCUGCACCCACUCCUCAUCUGUAUCAUCUAAUGAAAUGCCAUCCAGAGCUGUUUUCUUGCGGUAGGCCUCGUACUCAGACUCUGCUCUGCAACAUAUACAAAAAAAAACA